CUCUGCCCUGGCCUUGGGUCCUCUGCAAGUGCAGCAAGUGUAUCUUUGCUGUAUUAUAUACCCUGCGAUACCUUCCUCCCUCGUUUGCAGUACGCCUAGGCUUGGCUCUAUCUGUCCAUAUACUUCAUUGCUUUGAAUGCUCUUCCUUCACUCUGACGACCUCUGACGACCUAUUACGAACGUAUUCACUGUCAUUCCUAGCUUGGUUAUACUAGUACUUCCUGUUUGAUAUACGUCAUACACUGCCCUAUGGCCAACAUUGUAAACGGAACUUGUCAUGCAGAGAAGGCUCCACAAGAAGGCCCUCCGCUCAUCCAACACGGGAAUCUCGUUUUCCAAGCACAUCAUGUAGGAUGGAUCAUCACAGGUUGCUUUACUACCAUAGCCACGGUAGCCUCGUUCUGGUUAAUCAAUAAACAUCUGCAAUGGUACACCAAUAAACGCGAGCAGCGAUAUAUCGUCCGAAUCUUGUUCAUGGUACCCAUAUAUGCAAUGAUCAGUUUCGCUUCUUACUUGUUCUGGAACCACUCAACACCUCUUCUCCUUCUCAGAGAUUGUUACGAGUCCACCGUGCUGACAUCAUUUUUCUAUCUCCUGCUCACCUACUUAUCUCCGGAUCCUGCUGAACAGAAAGAGAUUUUUCGGAAGGAAGGUCUCUCGCGAGAGAACGACAGAGAAGCUCGCAGGAAAGGACAGAAACCUAGGAAAUGGGUGCUUCCUCUCGGUUUCGUCCGAUGGAAACCUCAAGACGGCCUUUAUUUCCUUCAGCUUAUGAAAUGGGGUGUCUUGCAAUACUGUGUUAUCCGUCCGACGACGACCUUAGCCGCGGUGAUCUUGGAUUACUCUGGCCUAUAUUGUGAAGAUUCUUGGAGCCCCGGAUGGGGCCAUAUAUAUAUUACGGUCAUUGUCUCCAUCUCUGUUACGAUUGCAAUGUAUUGCUUGGUACAACUCUACGUUCCCGUAUCGGGGUAUCUGAAACCGCAGAAACCGAUACUCAAACUGUUUGCUAUCAAAGCUGUUGUCUUCUUGACAUUCUGGCAGGCAACCGGGCUGUCUUUCCUUACGAUGUUGGGCGUAGUCAAAGAUACCACGUAUAUGACCGCAGACAAUAUCAAUAUUGGACUCGGCGCCAUCCUUGAAACACUCGAAAUGACGAUCUUUGCGUUCCUCCACAUCCGAGCCUUCACCUACAAACCGUACCGAACCCCGCCAGACCGAACUUCCCGAUGGCGUUCUCUCAUGCAUGCCAUGAACUUCAAGGAAACACUCCGAGAACUUUGGGUAGGUACGAUCUACUUGGCACGCCGAGCGCGAGGGAAAGAGACCGAUACCCAAGCAAGGCGUGAGGCGGCUUUGGAAGAUGUAUUUGGGAGAACACGGUUCGCAAUUGAGGGUAAGCUCCCUCAGAAGCAUGAAAAGGAAAAGGGUGAGAAAAGUAGAAGCAGAGAUAGAGAAGAAAAGGGCGAGACGGGAAGCAAAAGGGAACGAAACAAGGAUUUGGCUGUUUCGGUGGAUGUUGACAAAGUGGUUCAUGUAGGCGAGGAGAGACAAUGGCUUGGACUCGGUGACAGGUAUGCAUACAGUAUGGGUUAUGCCGGGAGGAAGGAAAGGAGUGGCGGGCUUGAGGAGCAAAUCGAGAAGGAGUUGGCUAAGAGGGGGUAUGAGUAUAGUCGCCGAGAACGCUCUACCCACGGUCCCGCGUAUGAUCUGCUGAGUACGAAUGACGCGGACGGUGUACCAAAACAAAACCGUCGCCGCUCCCAACGGACAUCGUGGUGGAGAAAUGUCUACAACCGGUUAUCCCAGUCCCAUGCCGAUCUCGAGCCCGAAUUUGAACCCUUGCCCUUAGCUGAUCAACGAGUUCCUUCGAAGAAAGACAGGUCUCCGUAUCAUAAACCUACCCGUCUUGGUGAUUAUGACUAUGCUUUUGAUUUCGAAGACCCGCCUCCACCAUCCGCCAUUCGUUCUUAUCGAGCAAGUCGAGGAUUUCCCUCACAGCACAGGAAGGUGCAAGCCUCUCCUCCAGACGCUCAGCCUGACCCUCAUUAUGUCCCAACGACCUCUACUCCUGCUUCAGCCUAUAUUUCAUCCCAUUCAUCUCCAAGUCGUCUUCCCUCGAACACCCAUCACAGCAUGCCUGUUCCACACGCUCUAUCACAAACCGUUUCCUCUACCUCUCUUGCGUCGUCUCCACCCACGGAAUCAUCACAUCCGGACUCUUUCCUCGCUCGCGUCUUUCCCUACCGUUCGGAUGCAUCGCAUUCUGGCGAAGCACUAUCUUCAGUGUUAACUUUGCCUUCGUCACAGUCGCACCAUUCUCGUGUCCAUCUUGGAGGCGAUCGGAGGGUUGUUGCGAAUGGUGUUGUGACGGCUCAAGCACCGAGCUUGGUGCCAAGUAGACCACAGUCGCAUGCAAUAAGAAGUCAGGAAGCAAUCAUUGCGGAGAAUACUGGACAAUUGGGCCAAUUGCUUGAGGAAGAUGAAGUCGAACGCCGCAGUAGUAAUGCUCAGCAGUCAAAUAAUCCAUUGAAGCCUGCUCGUUCGUCUCAUCACCGCGAUUCCGCUCAAUAUCAGCCUCGCAUACCGGACGCCGAGAUGUACUCUAGAUAUCCGGACGAACCUGAGCGAAAGCAAGCAGCUAAUGCAAGGAAGCUGCGACUUGAUAGACUUGUUAUGCCUACACCGCUGGCACCGUCGCCAUCGCAGUCACUGGCCUCACCACCUACAGGUUCUGUAACCCCUUUCGCCCGUUAUACAACUUCGCCGACUCAGUUCUCGCCAAAUCUUAUGGCUAGUGGCAAUCUCUCAAGCUCUAGACCAUCCAUCGCCCUUUCAUCCUCCCAACGUCCGACGCGGCCUUCUGUGCCAGAUCCCGCCCAUAUGUGGUUGUCUCGACCUCUUUCUCAUCCGGCUAGUGAUCAACCUUCUACGCAAUUGUCGGAUCGCCCUCCCGUAUCAAACCUUCGUCGCUCAUCAAACAACCUCAAGCGACACAGUUACGUUCCUGACCACCAGAGGCACCGUGGUCGGUCAGAUCGACGAACUUCGGCACUAGUGAAUCCUAUCUCAUCUCCGGCCCACGAACCUGCUGUCAUGCCCCCACGUAGGAGUUCCACACGGUCCUCCCAAGUGAUUGGAAGUGCUCGAUAGGUUGUAUCCUCCAAUUCACUUUCCAACAUUCAGGUUUUCGGCCCCAUAUAGGUCGGAAGACUCAUGCAAUAAAACCAGAUGACAUUAGAUCUAACAGGCAACAUUCUUACUUGGCAUAUCUUGCUGUUGCUUCCUUUCCACCGUCACCCACCUGGGCAUCCAACAUCUCCUUCAGAGUCACUUCGACUGGCCUUAGCUCUCUCCCAAGUAAAUUCUUCAGCAACGGAUCAACUUUCUCCAGUUCACCUCUCGCAAGGGCUUUAUACGUUGUCGCCCACGCACGCAGAAGCUCCUCGGAUUGCUUGCCCAGGUUGUUUUUGAAGUACUCAUCCUCAGAGACCACCCUGAGUUUGAUGUCGCGGUUCAGGAUCCGAGAUGCGAUUUGAGCGAACUCUAAAAGGGUGAUGGGUUUGUCACCGGAGAGUAGGACAGUUGUGUUCUCAUAGCCCGACUCCUAGGUAGUGAGUGAUGUCAUCAUUCUAGCGAGUAAGGAUACAUCAGCGGGAGACUCACCGCAGCGAGGAUCUUCGCCGUACCUUCGCCAAGGUCGUCACGACAUACCCAGGCAAUCUUGCCAUCGCUAUAGGGAAUGAGAACUUCGUCCUUUCCCUCGCUUGGGUCAAAGUACCCGAAGUACAAUGGCCAGCUUUCACUGUAGAUUCCUUCUCUGAUGAUGGUAUACGUCAAGCCGCUUUGCUUUAAAUACGCC